GCAGCCACUGCGGGGCUUGCAGUGACUGUUGGAGCUUGCGGUUACAAUUUACCAAAAUAUCCACUAGCUCCCCUUUGUAGGACAGCGCGAAACUUAAGGGGAAAGCCGUUAACCUGUCACUGAAUGUGACUGCAUGGUGUCCUUGUAAGAUUGGCAGUGGGCAAGAUGAGAGGAGGAGAGAUCGUUUGCUGUGGAUGGUUAAGAAAAUCUCCACCAGAAAAGAAGUUGAGACGAUAUACCUGGAAGAAGCGUUGGUUCAUUCUACGUAGUGGACGGAUGAGUGGAGACCCUGAUGUCUUGGAGUACUACAAAAAUGACCAUUCUAAAAAACCAAUCCGUGUGAUAGAUCUUCAUUUCUGUGAGCAGGUUGAUGCAGGACUAACAUUCAAAAAGAAAGAGUUUCAAGACAGUUUUGUGUUUGACAUCAAGACAAUUGAACGUACCUUUUAUCUGGUGGCAGAAACUGAGGAAGAAAUGAACAAGUGGGUCCGAUCCAUCUGCCAGAUCUGUGGAUUCAAUCAAUCUGAUGAGAAUGCAGAUGUCGCCAAGAAUGCUGCAAUUGGAUCUCAGACUCCCCGCUCAUCCAUUGUUGAUUUUGGUGGCUCUGUUCAAGCUCUAGUUGGAGAUCACAGCACACACAGCUCUUCACACGCCAGUCAACCGUCAGUGUUUACAUUUGAAAACCCAAUCCAGGCCCAGCCCAUCCUUUCAUCCAGUGCACCACAGGACUACCUCUUUCUCCACCAGUGUAUGAGCAAGAAGACAGAAAAUUCUAGGAGUGCCAGUUUUUCUCAGCAUGGUUCCACGAAGAGAGAUGGAGACACAACCUCAGAGAAAUUAUCUGAAGCAAACUCACACUGUGUCAACGGAAUCAGUGGGCAAAUCCAUGGCUUUCAUGUGUUACCAAAACCAGAGAAACAGCACAUAGAAAAAAGGGUUACCACUGCUUAUGAUUUGCCUCGGAGUCUGGGAUAUGAUGGUGCAGCCAAAUAUGGCUCACCUGGGUUAGACAAUGACGAUGAAGAAGUGUACACAUUUAACACUCCAAAUAGUACUCUUUGUAGAAGACUUAGUGAGAUUUCCACAGACUCCUAUGACAUUCCAUCAACGCCGAUGUCCUGCCACAAUAUUCCAAGGACAUUCACUUUUGACCGAAACCACAACCCGUUAUCCACGAGCUCUGGUGAUUCAGCAGCUGCACCUCCUCCACGGCCACCAAAGCCUGUUCCAAUAGAUCGGAAGCCAGAGUGGGGUAGCCCUAAGCAAUGUACUCGGAAUAGCAAAGGAAAACAAGCAUCAGCAGCAGCUACAAUCCCAAGAAGAAAUACGCUUCCAGCAGUGGAUAACAACAGACUUCACAGAGCUUCUUCAUGUGAAACAUAUGAUUAUCCCCGUCACGCUACUAAUAAUGAAGGCCUCUCAGUGGAGUCUGUUAAUGAUGGAUUCAGCUCUUACUUGAGAUCAAAAUGUACGUCAUCCCGCUCAGAAAGUUUGGAAUCCGAAGAUAAUUAUGUGCCAAUGAACCCAGGUUCCUUGUCUUCAUUUGUUACAACCACUGCAGAGAGUUGUCAGGAUGUCUACAUACCCAUGAGUCCUGGUCCGCACCACUUUGACUUCCCUGGAUUCUCCUCAGCCACAUUCCCCACACGCAAAGGAAGUACAGCCUCUCUCUGCCACAAACCCAACUUUCCUGGAGAUUUGCUGCCACCUCCAGUCAACCGUAAUCUCAAACCCGACAGAAAAUCCAAACAAGGUCCAAUGGAAUCGCGAAACCAUACAUUCAUUGACGAGCUUCCCUUCAAGUCUCCUGUAACCAGAUCUUGGUCCAGGCCUGUAGCUGCUGUGAACCCCAUUUCUUCACAAAAUUGCCGCCCAUUAUCAACACAAAGUGUCACCAGCACUGACUCAGGAGACAGUGAAGAAAAUUAUGUUCCAAUGCAGAAUCCAAUUUCUACCUCUCCAAUGAAUGCUGUGACUGGCAGCCCUGGUGCAAGGAAGACUGGGAGUGUGGAUUAUUUGUCUUUAGAUUUUCAGCCUAGCUCUCCUGGUCCUCAUCGAAAGCCUUCCACAUCCUCAGUGACAUCAGAUGAAAAAGUAGACUAUGUACAAGUGGAUAAGGAGAGGACCCAGGCUCUACAGAACACCAUGCAAGAGUGGACUGAUGUGAGACAAUCCAGUGAGCCUUUGAAGAGUCUGAAAUAGCAAUAUAAAAGGAUAAACAAUGGAAAGCAAACUAUUGCAGUUCUGUAAAAGAUGAAUCUGCACUUUCUGUUAAACGAUAAUAUGCCAGAAUGAGGGAAGAGAUAUUAUUUCUUGAAUUGUCUCAAAAUUUUAUAGAUAGCUUUCCAUCACUUUUUGAUAUAACAGCCACUUCAUUGUACCUGUUCAAACAGAAAGCAAUUCUUCCACAUGUUCACGCUGAAAAAAGCUUACAAAGAUAAGGCAGAUUUUACUGUGCUCAAAUAUUUGCCACAUCUAAAUAACUUCUGUUAUACUUCUCUUAACAAACACCUGUGGUAAGAGUAAAGAAUAAAAUUGUUAGCUACUUGA